CCGCCUUUCUUGAAUUUUUUCCUUUUUUUUAAAGUUCAACCCUUGUUUCAAAAUCAAAUCUUUUUGUCAUUUUGUGGGGUGUUUUCUACUUUUGUCCAUUCCCUUUUGGCCCUACCACUAUUUUUCAACUCUUGAUGAAUCUGAGACUCAAGUGGAAUAAUGCAUCAAAAGCGAUUCUAGGUUUUAGUUUUGUUUCUAGUUAUAAUCUGAUUGAAUUUAGAUAAAAAGUAAUCUACUUUUUGUGCAGAAGAUUUGAUUUUGUAUUAGUUUAUUGAUGGCUGAUUAAACUGUAGUGGUGGAAGAUAGUGUUUUUGAGAGGGAUGAAUCCAAUUUGCCUUUUUUGACAAGUCUAGUUUUAAUGCUUCAUGCCUCUUUUGUGGGGUGGUUGGAUGGAGUAGAGAAAUCAAUGCAUUCUUAUGGAGUCCGUGACUCAUAGCACGGGUUUGGAUUGAAUUGUUGAAAACUUUCUUGUGAUUCAAUCAGUUUGUAAAGUUUCCACCUUGAAGAUUACUGAGAUGCAAGCACUUUUAGCCAUGAUCUCACAUAAGCUUUGUGUAAUUACUGAGAUUCAAUCAGUUUGUAAAGUUUCCACCUAGUUGGAUGUUGUCAUUCUGUAGGAUUUAGAGAUGUAAAAUUUUUGACCUCAAAAGUCGGCUGUCACGAAACCUACCCAAGAUAAACAUCACCUUGGUUGUGCGGUCUCCAUUCGAAGCCUUCAAGAAUGUGUGGCUUUUACUUCAUCUUUUCGGUAUUAUUCAUUUCAUGGCAAUCUGAUCAUACUUUAUGGAAUUGACUAAUUGAAUGAUCAUUGAUUAACUCAAAAAAGAGGAAAGGGAUUGAUCUGCCUGCCGGCCUAAGGUGAUAACUAAAACGAAGUGGAGGUACCAACUCCUGAUAAGGAUGGGUGCACUAUUUCAACCAGAAAGUCCUGAUGAUUAUCACUGGAUCCACAAAAAGUUAAAUCGAAAAGUAGCUUUAGUUAUAGCUAGUGGUGAUUGUUAAGAUUGAAAACUACGAGCUUCUAGGUUCGGUGCCCACAUACGUUGGACUUUUCCUUCCAUUUAUGCGUUCUAUAGUAUUGGGAGAAUAUGUCGAAACCACUUUCUUGUUGGCUUACCUUAAACUUUAUACCCUGUUAAUGACAGAAACCAUGUUGUUGUGUAUUGAACAAAAAGAACUUUAGAAAAAUAAAAUAAAAUCAGAUGAAAGAUUGAUAUGAAAAUAUAUACUAUCUUCAACCAGAAAAUCAGUCGAGAACAAUAUCACAGUACGUUAACGGUGGAUGGAUUUCUAGUUAUUUUCACUGUGAUUCGAAUUAAACUGCUGGACUGGGGAGAAGAGGGCCACAGGACAGAGGCUGAAAUACAAGCUCUAAGGUCAGCUUUUACUCAAGAAGUUGUUGUGUGGCACAAACUCGAUCAUCCUAACGUAACAAAGUUUAUAGGGGCAACGAUGGGCGCUACGGAUCUUAACAUUCAAACUGAAAAUGGUCAUAUAGGCAUGCCAAGUAAUAUAUGUUGUGUCGUUGUGGAGUAUCUUCCAGGAGGAGCCUUAAAAUCUUACCUCAUAAAGAACAGGAGAAAGAAGCUAGCUUUUAAAGUAGUUGUGCAAAUGGCACUCGAUCUUGCUAGAGGGUUAAGCUACCUUCAUUCCGAGAAGAUUGUUCACAGAGAUGUGAAGACGGAAAAUAUGCUUUUAGAUAAGACACGUACAGUCAAAAUUGCAGAUUUUGGUGUUGCUCGUGUUGAAGCCUCGAAUCCUAAUGACAUGACGGGGGAGACUGGGACCCUUGGUUACAUGGCUCCUGAGGUUCUCAAUGGAAAUCCUUACAACAGGAAAUGUGAUGUAUACAGUUUUGGCAUCUGUUUGUGGGAGAUAUAUUGUUGUGAUAUGCCAUAUCCGGACCUUAGUUUCUCGGAGGUGACUUCAGCAGUCGUUCGUCAGAACUUGAGGCCGGAGAUACCCAGAUGUUGCCCAAGCUCACUUGCCAACGUGAUGAAGCGAUGCUGGGACGCCAACCCUGAUAGAAGACCAGAAAUGGAUGAGGUGGUCACCAUGUUGGAGGCUAUCGACACUUCUAAAGGUGGAGGGAUGAUUCCUAAUGAUCAAGCCCAAAGCUGUCUCUGUUUUCGGAAGCGUCGUGGCCCUUGAAGAACAUCAGACGUAUGGUACGACAUUUAUGCAGAGAACAGAAAACUCCUAAUCCAGAUUGUUUUUAUUAAGGCUGACUGGGAUUUGGAGCAUUUGUUGUUGUAAAGCUUCUGAAAUAUCAUUAUUAAUCGAUUUGAUUCUCUUUUUUGUUUGAAGGGGGUUUCUUAUAUGUGCUUGUACUACACAAAGAAAUAGUCUAAUAUUUCAUUUUCUUUUAACAACUUAAA